AUGGUACUCCAAGACAACAGCGGCAAUCAGUUGAAAGUCAUUGAACAAGCGAAUGGUACCUACUCUUUCAACAACCUACCAUCUGGCCAAUAUUGCGUCGUUGGAUCCUAUCCAAACAACUCCUACGUUCCGGGUAUUAACAGGAAUGACAAUGUAUUCGACAUGUUUGGUAGAUUCUGCACCGCCCUUGGUCCAUCACACACUGAUGCAUACUUUGCCAUGGUGAAGUCUGCAUCAUACUGUGUCUAUGGAUCAGACCCAACUGGCAAGUACGCUCCAGGUAUACGCCACAAUGACAACGUGUUCAACAAUGGCGAGUACUGUAUCCAUGUUGGUCCAUCAUCUUUCUUGAAUGGACCAAUCUCCUUGCUGGAUAAUACUGUAUCUUUGGCUCCAAGUUAG